AUGCAGCACUUCGAUGGCAUCACAUUAAGGCUAAUGGCUGCUGUGCAAAUGCUCAUUCUAAUAUUAAGCUCAACGAAAGCAAACGCAAACGGCAACGGCAACGUAAUGUGCCAAAUCGAUAGCUCUCUACGAGGUGUCUUCAUGAAGCAAGCUGAUAAUUCGAACACCUUACCUGCACCAGUGCAAGAUGGAGUGCAGCAGUUGAUUACCUAUGAUAAGUUGACCAUCAGCUCAUCGGCAGUAUCUUCGUGGGGCAAUUGUUACGAGAGUGUUGGUGAUGACUCGUUUAUUUUUGGGAUGAAACGAAUUGGUGAGGCUUACUGCUAUCGGUGCGUUACGCUGGUCUUGAGAGCUGCAAAUAUCAUCCAGGCUGCACAUCAGACGGGUAAUCCAUGCAGACGAAGUAUUGACGAGGCUCGUAAAACCUGCUUUGAUUCCGAAGCAAUCAGCGCCUCACAAGGAACUUUUUUGUACAGAGUCGAAAAUGUGGCUGCAGCCAGCUGUGGCCUAGAAGGUGUUUAUGAUUUCCAAUUCAAGAAGACUGCCGAUUCUACGAUAUCGUGCCAGGAGCCUGGCUCAUCGGUAAUUUACUCAAUUCACUUGCCUUGCCUUGCCUUGCCUCCUCUGCUUUGUCCACUUGCCGAGUUCGAAUCUGAUUUCAUUUCUGCCGCUUUUCAUUUAACGUUCACAUGCAUUGGGCUAUGGCACGCCGCUAACGAUCGUGCUGCUGCUGCCGCUGUGGAAUCCUUCAUAGCAAUUCAGGACAAUGAUAAUGAGCAAGUGAAAUGUGGAAUUCUCGUCGAGAGUGGCCGAGCAGCCGAGAAGACGACGACGACGUUAUAUCUGUCGAAAGAUGCCAAUUGCGACGGGUUGAGCGGCUCGAAUUCGAAUACCGCAGCCGCAGCUGAACAGUACACUUUCACUAGAAGAGAAAGCGCUCACGACGAGAACUGGGUGGCAGCGUGCACGUUCCCGGAAUGGCUUCAGGGUGCCUAUCAAGGUGGUGCCGUCAGAAUCAGCGAGCGGGCAUUCGCAUACUCCGAUGCGAGCACUUCAACCACACCAACCGUGUCGUAUUGCCUGGCCUUGGAUGGUCUGGAACGUAUUGCGGUGUUCACUGAAUCUAAAUGGUGA